UUUACUCUAUCAGGUGCACCGUGCACCAGCGCGGCAGCAGCGUCUCUCUAACCUCCGACUCUUCUUCUUCCACCGGAAGUGCGCUCGAAUCCUCGACCGUAAAAAUUUUUUAUAUAACUGUUUCAGAGCAUGAAACGCUAUUUCAAACUCAAGGAAAAUAAACGACUGUCAGUCAAGGUCUGAACGAGAUUCCUGAACUCGUCUGUCUGAUUUAUACUGCGGGCGGAUUUUGGCAAAGGUUCCCCCGUGCGGUUAUGGGUGGCACACUUACUGUAGGGGUCGGUUGGUUGGGGGUGGUCGGGUGGUAGUAGACAGCGACGGGACAUUAUUGAAUGUAUCAGACUUCUGUCGCUCGAGAAAUGGGUGGUGGACUGUGAACGUUAAUAUAGGCUGAUGUGAAAUUCCUAUAUAUAGGCCAUAAUCGAAAGGUCUUACAAGAAACAUCAAGAACAUCACGUUAUCUUGACCCAAGUGCUUCUAAAAGCGUCACAUUCUAUUAUCAAAAUAACCUAACUAUGGCGUGGAAUAGCAAUAGUGGUGACGGUUGGAAUAUUUUGUCAGCCAAGUCAGCUCUAUAAACAAAGAGUAAAAUGUGGGGUUCAACCAGGAAGGUGAAAGUGACUGAAACAUCAUACCAUUCCUCGACUAAGUUUGAGAAGAUCAGCUCACAGAAUCAGAGUCCCAGGAAGAGGAUGACGGACACGGAGGAACCAGCGCUGAGGGGAAAGAAAUCCGAUAGCUGCAGCAGACGAAGCUCGCACGACAGAGACGACAAAAGUGCCCCCAACGAGAGCAACCUCAGGAGAGCGGUGAAGGAAAAGCUCGAGAAGGAAAAGUUCAGAGAGAACUGUAUCUCGAGCGAGGCCAUCGCUCUGCCCUGGGUACCAGCGGAGUCUAAGAUGCCGAGCGAAGAGCCCAGAAAAUGCCCAGUGAGUGACGAGUCCAACAAAAAGGUUGUAGUCGAGCUUAAGUGGCUUGAGAGUGAGGGUAACGCCAGCAGGAAUGGCUCCGUGGAGCCGCAGGCGUGUGCCAUCAAGGCCUCUCUCACUCUCGCCGAGGUUGAUAAGGUCAGUGAGUUUAUAACUCACCUGAAGAUGGAGAAGGCUAAUAAUGCUGCAGAACACUCAGCAGACACUGGCAGUCUGGGUAAGCGGACGGAUUCACCGUUGCCGGGAAAGUCCUUGGGUAAUUCGCAGAACGAAUCAUCAUCUCAUAACCCCGAUCGUUAUGAUAGUGUCCCUACUUUCACGAGAACAAGAUCCAACAACAGUAUGGAUGUAAACGAUUCUCUGGGUGACAAGGUUACUGACAACGCGCAUUCAUCCCUAGGACCGACAGAAAUCAAAACUGGCUCAACAAGAAGUGUGACGCCAAUGAAAGACAAUGACCUGUCCAGUUCAGCUGAUCUGUUGGGAGGUAAGACACUGGGUACACAUUCAGCACAGAGAUCAACUAGAGAAAAUGGUUAUGCAUUUGAGGACACGAAACCCCUGAGUAGGACGUUAACAAGAUCUGCAACACCGUUUGAUACCACAUCAAGAAGUUUCAUGCAUGUUAAUAUUCCUCGUGAGUCUAGCCUUCCCCCAGGUAAAACAAAAGGAAGAGCGUUCAACAGCCACAACCUUUCAGAUCCACUAACAGAUACCUACAGAAGAUAUCCUAGCACUGCACCCGACCCCCGCGAGUUUCACACAAGCCCAAUAGUUACUUACGAUGAUCUCGAGCUGGACCAUAUGGUACAAUCAGCGCUUGCACUAGCUAGAGCCAGGAGGGGGUUGUCACUUCAGAGAAUACUGGAUGAUUCAGCCGAUGUUCCACUGAGGAGGCCUUUGAGCAGAUUUCGAGAUUCAGUGUCGAUGUCCAGAACUGAUGAUACAGACAGUUACUUGUCGAGGUAUCCAAAUUAUAGACGAUACCAGAGAGCCUCUUGCGAGCCAUCUGAUUUCGCAUCCAGCGUGUCAUCAGCAAGGGAAGACAAUCCAUUACCACUUGUUCCAGAGAAUGGCUCAAUGACCAGACUGUCCACGAGGGCGACAUCCAUGCCUGCCACGUCACGUAACAGGCGAGAUGUGAGGACCAUGGACAGGGAUGUAGUUUCUGAUUUUAGUUCGUCCUUAAACACCAACAAUGGCAGAGGCACAGAGCUCCCAGAAGAUUCAUCUCCUUAUGACAGGAGCCAAAUGAUCAGAGGGAGCUCUCCCUCUGUCAAGAAACCUUUGACUUUGCCAGAGAUAACAGAAGAACAGGAUAAAGUUCCUAGCAUUGUAGAAGAAAUGGACCUUCUGACGACAUACCAUGGAGCAGGCGUCUUCUGCUCGUUGCUCACUGACGACGUCCCAGAAGUUACAGUCGAAAGAAAAGAUCGGAGAAGAGGCAGGUCUAUAUCUGUAAUGAGGAGGUUGCUCUCUGAUGGGGAGGGUCAGUACAGUAGAGAGACUACGCCUAUGUCUAGUCUCAGGAAGCAGUUCAAGGAAAAGAUGAGAGCCGCAGGUCUGCACGAAGCUGUACUCCUGGGGGAUCUUAAAACGAUGGAAUCCAUCUUAGAGGAGACAGAUACUGACGUGAAUGUGACCGAUGGAAUGGACAGAACAGCUCUACACUUGGCGGCCGACAGAGGUCAUAAGGACAUCGUUGUGAUGCUCAUUGCAAAAGGGUGCCAAGUGAACUCACCUGAUGUGGAGGGUCGGACGCCACUGCACUUUGCGGUUGAAAGCGGAGAUCUGGACGUAGUCUUGGCCCUUAUGACUGCAGGAGCUGAAGUCGAUGUUGUGGAGAAGAGGCGAGGAAGGACCCCCAUACACCUGGCCAUCGUUGGCAAUAAUCUCGACAUACUGAAGGUCCUGUUACAGCCGCUCGUAGAUGAUCCACAGUUAGGAGACAGGUUAUUGAAAUUAACCGAAAAGGACGGAAGAACUCUCCUACAUAUGGCGGCUCAUCACGGCAUCCUGGAGGCGACCUACAUGCUGAUCAGCGCAGGCGCAGAGGUCAACACCAAAGACGCGUCUGGAAAUACGCCUAUGCACGCAGUCAUCCUCACUAGGCUGCGUAGAAAAGAAAGAAUCUGCUCAAAAGUGUUGGAAGUCCUCCUGGAAUCUGGCGGAGACGUCGAGGGCGGAAGCGAAGGAGAAAAUGCCGGCGAAGCUGGGACUCUCCUUCAUGCAGCUGCAUUUGCAGGAUGUCUGGACUGCGUGAGGGUUCUUCUCAAAUGUUCUGCCAAAUUAGAAACGAAGAAUUUCUACGGCAAAACGCCCUUGCAAAUCACCAUAGAAGAAAACCACGUGGACAUCGUGUCGUUCCUAGUAGACAACAACGCCUGCUUGGAAACCACGGAUUCGAGGGGUCAGCGACCCCUCCAUUACGCCAUCAUGUCAGAUUCCCCUCGGCUAGUCGAAGAGAUCCUUCGUUCUGGGGCAGACAGGAACGCCAGGGAUAAGGACGGAAACACCUACUUCCAGUUCGCCGUGAUCAAGAGGCGCUACCAGGCCCUGGAUGCUCUGGUCAAGGAGAAAGUGGUAGACGUUGGGGAAGAGCAACAGGCAAUUCAUUACUGCGCCUCGGUGGCUGGCGAUCAGGCUGCGAUUGAUGUCCUCUGGACAAUGGUUGGUCAUGCUUGA